AUGAAGGCCUUUCUGUUCGGAGCAAGAGACGGAGUGAAGACGGGGAUUGAGUUUAUCGACGGCUCUGGGGCUACCCCUUACUCUCCUAUCACUAUAGGGGUUUGGGGUUCGAGACGAAGGAAGAUCAGGGCAGCACAUCAGUUUUUCCCAUACACUUCACUCGGAUCUGUUCUUAUGCUACUAGCUAUUCCGUCGAUUCUCUCCCAGACAGGAACUACCGAUUCGCAAAUCUUAUCAACCACAGAAUCCAGUGAGCGGCGCCAAAUCUCUCCAUGGAUUGCUUCUCCCGCUCCUUCCCCCGUCAAAGUGCCUAUGGUACCAGUUCAUAUCUGGUCACCCGAAGCUCAUGUAGAGGCACCUACGGCUGGAUCCGUAAUCUCGGCAGGAAUUCCUUCAAAAUUGGGAACCUAUGGAUUUUCGAGAUUUUCCAUACCCAUGUCUCCCGAAGCGACACUUUGUCCCACUCCCUUCAUUUAUACUCUAAGCGCGAUUGCCAUUCUAUAUACUCCCCCGACCACUCUGAGACAAAUCGAUCCUAAGAAGAUUAUUGCCCACUCCCCAGUAGCCCAUACGAAUCCUGUGACUAUCGGUAUGUUCAGUCGGGCGGCGGCCGUUAGGUCACCUAUAGUGAGUUACAAACACACAGGGCCAAAUGUGUGCCGGGCGUGCGACCCAUCAACCCACUAGCAAUGGGGGAGAGAACAUAGCAUGUCGCAAAAAAAGCUUGAUCGGGACGGGGAAGCAUUUAUGCACCCCGGUUUUAACCCCAAGGGGCGGGAAGGCCGAGAAAGCCUGACUAUGACUCUAGAUAGUGCCAUCUCCCAAUGCAGGCCUCCUCCCCCUCCAGACCCAUUACCUUCAUCCUCCGGCAUUUAGAAACCCUGCAGAAUAAUGUUGCCCCUGCAGGGGGAGAGGGGCGGGGCCCUACUAUACUAUAGAUGGGCUCUCCCCCCUACUAGACUAUAGAAAGGGGGGCCCCCCCACUAUAGUGCCGGGUCUAUAGGGAUAGGGCCCUAUCCUUCCUAUCGGCUGGGGCUGGGGUGGGUGGGUGGCCCUACUAUUCUAAAGGGCCCUACUAUUCUAAAGGGGGUGGGUGGUAGGGAGGAAAGUAGUUGUUUUCGAUUAUCAGGAAUAGAGCUCCCGCCUGAUGAUCAAGGGGAGCCCUAUAAAUGAUAAAGGACCCCGCCGAGCACAUACAUCUAUUACGAACGAGUAUCCAUUCCAUCAUCCCACACAGAAGGAGAUUGCCCGUAUCAUGGUUGCCCGCUAACGUGAAGCGAGGGGUUGAGCCUGAAUGAACUGGCGAACCGAAGUCGCUUUUGGAACCGUACUCCUCACACACGUGUCCAGCCCCCUACUAUCUAUAGGGCCCGAAUCCCCGCCGGCCAUCGGGACCGAGUGGUAAGGCCAUCCAUAAGGAAGAUUGAUCUGGCAUUGAUCGGACAGGGGAACGGAUUACUCAUUCUUUCUUCCAUUGGGGACAGGUGCGCGACAACUCCGAGCGUCACACAUCCGCCAAUGCCCUGACUAUAGGUGGCACCAGCGAGAUCCAGCCAAGCGGCCUCUUCAUCCGCGGCGGCUGCUCCGGAAGAGAAGAAAGAGGAAAGGAGAUCGAGGGGUCAUAAAUGAAAUGCCCCCCCCGGGCCCCCUACUAUGAAUUGAAUAGGGCCCCCCCACCUCCCCCUCUAAUUUAAGAGGGCCCUCCCCCUCCCCCUCUCCCUCUCCCUCUGUAUUUCUAUAGAUAGGUAGUCCCCGGCACUAUAGCUAUAAUUCCCACCCUGCUUCCUUAUUCCCCCCCCUACCCCCCCAAUCUAUAGUUCUAUGGCUCUAUGGGCGAUUCUAGAACUAUUAUUUGAGCCGCAACUCUCGAGUGCAAGCUGAUGCCCCCCUACUAUGUCGCCCUUUUUCAUAUUAUUCUAGCAGGCGUACAUUAAUUACUGGGUGGGCCUAUGCCCCCCACCCAUCCCCACACACGGAGGAGGUUCUUCUAGCAGGCGUACAUUAAUUGACUGGGGGGCGGAUUCCCUACAAUUCGGCUGGGCCGGGGUAUAGUUAUGAACUGAGUCCCUACAAUUCGCCCCUACAGGCCUAGCGAGCUGCAGUCAAGCCUAGUAAAGCCCCCCCUUCUUAAUAAGUAAUCCCUACUAUUCGCCAGGGUUCUUUUAGCCCCCUACUAUUCUUGAUAGAAGGGCCCCCCCUAUCCCCCCCCCACCCCCCCCAUUCUAGUUAUAGUUCUAUGGUUCCCCCUCGACAUUCUAUGGGUCUGGGGCUGAUUAAUUGACUGAUUCCCUACUAUUGGGGGCCCUACUCUUUUCUAUGGCCUUUUCGACAUAGUAGGGGCCCCCAGCCCCGUCACUCUAGCAGGCGUACAUUAAUUGACCAAUUCGGCUGGGGGGGCCCUUCGCCCCCCCCCCCAAUAAUAAUUGUAGAUUCUUGUAGGGGGCUAGAAUACGCUAGCCCUUCGACAUAGUAGGGGGGAGGUAGCUCGAUUGGGCGGGGGCUAGAAUACGCUAGAAUAACAAAUUAAUCAGCCCCCCAGCCCCCUUACAACCCCCCAUAGAAUUGUAGGGCGGCUGGGGGGUUUGAAGGGGCCCUUCGACAUAGUAGGGGGGAGGUAGCUCGAUUGUAGGGGGCUCGCCCGCCCAAUUCGGCUGGAGGCCCCUCUGAUUCAAUAGGGGGGGGCUACGGUUGGGGUCGAGAGCACCCUAUGGAUAGUUUGGUGCCCGCCGGGGGCAUUUGGUUCGUUCGGUUGGCGAGAGAGAGGCGCAUGCAUAGCGAGACUAUCAGCCUUCAUCCGCUUCGCGAGCGCCGCACACGCAGCACAUAGGAAGUCAGAGGGCCCGUACUACCUGCCCAACCCAAACCCACCCCAGUCAAGCUCCGAGGGCAUUCAUGCGCUCACCCCUCGGCCCCCCCGGCACUACCUGGCACUAUAGUGGGGGGGCCCUACUCGGGAGGCCGCCCAACUAUGGAUAUAGGGCUCCGCCUCUCAAGGUAGGGGGUGGGGGUAGGGGGUGGGGGGUCGAGUGCCUAAAGUAAAGGCACUCGCCCCCCCCACUAUAGAUAGGGGCUUGCCCCCGGGGCUCCGUAGGGCGUCAGUCGAGCCCCCCCUACGGCCCGACCCCUACUAUCUAUAGGGCCCGGCACUAUAGCUAGAAUUCCCCCCCACCCUGCAGGGGGCUCGACCCUACCCUAUAGUAGGGGGUGGGGGCCUGCCGGUUUUAAGGGAAAACCUUCUUCACAACUCGGAGGGGAAGGGGCCUAUGCAUGUAUUCGAAUUUGACCCGAGCCAAUCCCCGUCCCCGCCACCACGCCGCAGGAAGGCUUGAAAAGUGGAAUGGAGGGGAACGUUACAAUAUGUGAUGUGAACGGCGGGCGUAACUAACACACUGCUACCCAACCCUGACGUCAGGGUAGCAGUGCUUCAACUGCGAUUGAUCCGUGCCGUAAUCUAUUCUGCUUCUCCCAAUCCUUCCCCGCUCUUCCCCGGGGCCCCCCCCACCUAACUAUCUUCCGGGGGUUCCAGAAGCGCCAUAACUCGGUAAGGGGUUCAUCUAGCCUUGGUCGCCAUAGAAUAGUAGGGGCCCAGCCCCCCCCAACUAGAAUUGUUACUCCCCCCCCCUACCCCCCCAAUCUAUAGUUCUAUGGCUCUAUGGGCGAUUCUAGCAACUAUUUGAUCGAAUCUACUGCUCGCCCUACAAUUCUAUGGGGGAGGGUCGAUUCUAGAACUAUUUUAGCUCGAUUCUAGAACCGCCAUAGAGCCCUUCAAAUAGUAGGGGGGAGCUCGGAGUUUUCUAGAACUAUUUUAGCCGCAACUAGAAUUGCCCCCGGCCCCUUUUUCAUAUUAUUCUAGCAGGUUUAUUAAUGAACGGCUCGCCCUACAAUUCUAUGGUACUAAUUAAUUGGCCGGGUAUAGUUAUUCACUUAGUAAUUUGCCGGCUCGCCCUAGGGGUGGGUGGGAGGAGGCUAUGGGACUGCUCGAAUUAAUUAAAGGGGUAUAGUUAUGAACUGAUGCCCCCCUACUAUUCUCAAGGCAGGGGUAUAGUUAUGAACUGCAGUCAAGCCCUACAAUUCUAUGGACAGGCGUCAUUAAUGAACUGAUGCCCCCCUACUAUUCUCAAGGCAGGGGUAUAGUUAUGAACUGAGGCCCCCAUAGAAUUGUAGGGAAGGUUAUUCUAGCAAGCUGAUUAAUUACUCGCCCUACAAUUCUAUGGUACUGAUGCCAUUAACCGCUCGAUUCUAGCAACGGCACGAGUGCAGGUUUAUUAAUGAACGCAUCCUUAGAAUAGUAGGGCUGAUUAAUUAGCCUGCUAGAGUAAGCAGUCAAGACUCGAUUUGAGCAGGUUAAUUAAUUAGGCCGGCCUGCAGAGGUAGAUGCCUGACGUUAUUGUGGGGGGCCUCCCACCCUACACUAUUGCUUCCCACCCACCCGUUAUGUUCUUUCCUAUGAACACCCUGCAUGCAUGCAUGGUGGGGGGUUCUAUUGCCCCCCCACCCUGCAUAGCCCUUUAUAGAAUAGGGCAUCCCCGCUCUUCACCCCUACCUUUAUAGUGGUUGGCGGGGCCCGAGCCGACCCAUUCGGAGCAAGUGAAGUUGGUGAGCCGUAUGAUGGGCAACUAUCUCUCGCGGUUCGGAGAGGACUCGGCAGUUGGUUAGUACCCCCUUGGUCUUGGGGCAGUUAGGACCCUUCGUCGCGGGGUGGACCCUUCCACCCAAUUUCAUUAUAUACGCUUAGCGAAAAUAAUGUAUCCCGAUACACCUAGAACAUGGGUGAUAUAUAAACCAAUGGAUCGUGACAAAUCGUUACUACUAGCAAUUACUUUCUCCUCCAUUACUUCAUUCUUCCCGUAUCCCCCUCCCUCGUUCUUAGUUACUCAUCAAACGGCACUAAGUUUCUGUCUGUGAUUUCGAUCAGUUACUUGGAGAGGUUCAAAGAGAGGGCCGGUAA